CAGGUCUCGGGCCCUCAGGCGGAGCGGCGGGCGCCGGACCCCCAGAUGGAGCGACAGGUCUCGGGCCCUCAGGCGGAGCGGCGGGCGCCGGACCCCCCCAGGCGGAGCGACAGCUCUCGGGCCCUCAGGCGGAGCGGCGGGCGCCGGACCCCCAGGCGGAGCGACAGGCAUCGGGCCCCCAGGCGGGGCGACAGGCAUCGGGCCCCCAGGCGGGGCGACAGGCACCGGGCCCCCAGGGCGGAGCAGCAGGCACCGGGCCCCCGGGCGGAGCAGCAGGCACCGGGCCCCCGGGCGGAGCAGCAGGCACCGGGCCCCCGGCGGAGCAGCAGGCACCGGGCCCCCGGGCGAGGAAGCAGGCGCCGGGCCCCCCCCCGGGCGGGGCAACAGGCGCCGGGACCCCGGGCGGGGCGCCGGGCGCCGGGCCCCCGG